AUGUCUUCCUCGCAAGCAGCACCCAAGCCGGACAGCCUCCUCGUGUCCAAUGGCGGGAGGUGGACGCUGACGGCUGAUGGAGAGGCGCUGGAACGGAGUUUCAAGUUUAAGACUUUUACCAAGACUUGGGACUUUAUGACGGCCGUUUCGCUGCAGUGCAAAAUCCAUAACCACCACCCGGAAUGGUCCAACGUCUACAACACGACAUUCAUUCGCUGGACAACACACGUCCCCAAGGGCCUGUCAGAAAAAGACAUCAACCUAGCUUCCAUCUGCGAUUCCUUAGCCAGGGACUUUGGUGAACUGGAACCGGAGCCGGAAACGUCGAGCUGUGAGAUGAGGGGUUUGGCGGAUGAGGUUGUCAAGGAUGGGAGUUGCUGUGUGAAGAAGUAG